ACAAAACUACGAUUGAGCCGAACUUGAAUGAAAUAAUUUCAGAGUGAGAAAUUGAGUCUUUCUUGUGGUUUUGUGAAUUUGUGUUUGUGCAAAAUUCAUUGUAGACUGUGUUUUAAAUAUUUUUGGAGCCAAGUUCCCAAAAAAACGUACCGCUUGGUAGUAAUAUGAGUAAUGUUACCAACCAAAAUGGAACAGGUCUAGAGCAGCAGCUUGCUGGUCUGGACUUGCAGCCCCAGGCUCCUAAGAGUACUGGUCGCUACAUACCCCCGCAUCUGCGUAGGCAGUUGCAGGCAACCUCUGAUCAAGGGGAAGAGUCUAAGCGCUCAAGCUUAGACACCCGUCCUAGUGAGUCACGGGACAACCGUUCAUCAUUCGGAGGCAGCUCUAGAGGCUACGACCGUGGUGGUCGGCGCGACGAUCGUGAUCGUGACCGCGAACGUGAUUACGAUCGCGGAUACGAAGCGCGACACCAGCGCAGGGACCGCGGUCGAGACAGUGGAUCUCAGAAUGGCGAACCAGAGCGUUGGAAUGAAUCCGAGAAAUGGAAUGAUCGUGAACGCGAACGGGACCGACGCGGGCCUCGCGACGUGCGACGUGAGGAGGAUUAUGAACCACCGGCACCACGGAAUGACCGCUGGAAAGAGCCAGAGCCAAGAGCUGAAGAGCGUUCCAAUUCACGCUGGCCUUCUGACGAUGUGCGUCGAACUAGAUCUCGCAAAGACGAGAAUGAUUGGACAGUACCGUUACCUCGCGAUGAACGACAGGAAGUAUUGCUGUUCGGCACUGGCAACACCGGGAUCAAUUUCUCCAAAUACGAGGAUAUACCGGUUGAGGCCAGCGGAGACCGCGUACCAGACUGCAUCACCAGUUUUGAGGAUGUUAACCUGACAGAACUAAUGCGGACAAAUAUAUCUCUCGCUCGCUAUGACAAGCCGACGCCGGUACAGAAGUAUGCGAUUCCGAUUAUUUUGUCACGUAGAGACGUGAUGGCGUGUGCACAGACGGGAUCUGGAAAAACCGCAGCCUUUCUUGUUCCCAUACUUAACCAAAUGUAUGAAGCAGGACCUGUGAAACACAUGGGACCUUAUAAUAAACGGAAACAAUAUCCUUUGGGCUUGGUGUUAGCCCCGACGCGAGAGCUCGCCACCCAGAUUUUUGAUGAAGCUAGAAAAUUUGCCUAUCGAUCACGAGUGCGACCCUGUGUGGUGUAUGGAGGCUCACCUAUUAAUGAUCAGUUCCGUGAAUUAGAGUCAGGAUGUCAUCUGUUAGUAGCCACUCCUGGGCGUUUGGUAGACAUGCUGGCUCGUGGCCGAGUUGCAUUGGAUCACUGUCGCCAUCUUGUACUCGACGAAGCCGACCGCAUGCUGGACAUGGGAUUUGAGCCACAGAUUCGUAAGAUUGUAGAGUGCCACACAAUGCCCAAGACUGGCGAACGUCAAACUCUUAUGUUUUCUGCCACUUUCCCAAAACAGAUUCAGCUUUUGGCUCAGGAUUUCUUAUACAAUUAUGUGUUCCUGGCUGUUGGACGUGUAGGCUCAACGUCAGAAAAUAUUACACAAAAGGUUGUUUGGGUAGACGAAAUGGACAAGCGUUCCUUUUUAUUGGAUUUACUAAAUGCAUCAAACUUGCUACAACGUGCACGUCCUGAAGAGGAUCAACUUAUACUUGUGUUCGUAGAAACUAAGAAAGGUGCGGAUCAACUAGAAGAGUAUUUAUAUUCCCAAGGCUACCCGGUAACAUCGAUCCAUGGAGACCGUAACCAACGAGAGCGUGAAGAUGCUUUACGACGUUUUCGAACUGGACAAACACCAAUACUUGUGGCAACAGCUGUCGCUGCAAGAGGCCUAGACAUACCGCACGUACGUCAUGUAAUAAAUUUUGAUCUACCAUCUGACGUGGAAGAAUACGUCCAUCGUAUCGGUCGUACAGGUCGUAUGGGUAACCUCGGUGUGGCUACUUCCUUCUUUAAUGACACAAACCGUGGUUUGGCACGAGACCUCGUCGAACUGCUCGUCGAGGCUAAACAAGACGUACCUAAUUGGCUUACUAGCACCGCAGCUGACGGACGGCUUGGCGGCGGCGGUCGGCGCACUGGCUCUCGUUCUGGGAAUGCUCGUUACGGCGGUAGCGGCUUCGGCUCAAGGGACUUCCGUACACAACCUCGUCAGGCGGCACGUUCUGCAGGAGCUGGCGGUAUCGGUUCCGGCUUUGGCUAUGACGUGGGCUCAUAUGGUGGUAACUAUGGCGGGUCGUACGGCGGAGGAGGCGGAGGCGGUAACAGCGGAGGUCCCGACUGGUGGGAUUCCUAAAUUCGUGCGUUUGACGCCUUCGUCCUAUCGUCCCAUUAGCGACCAAACCCCGUGAAAAUGUGACUAAUAUCACAAUGUAGUAUUUAUAUGAAGGCGAUAUCUAUUUAUUGUUCUGCAAACUAAUUCAGAACUAAUUUGUACAAACUUAAAAUCUUAAAAAAUAUCCAAUAUAUAAUCUCAUAAAUUUCAGCCAGACAGGACGCGUUGUUUUUUUUUUAUCAAUAUUUUGGAAACUAACAGGUUGAUGUCUAGAUUGUUAUCAUAAGAAAUUUUGACAUGACAUAAACAUAUGACUAAUUUAAUGACUCAGUUCCAAAGAGUAGAGCGUCUGAAAUGUGUUCCUAUAAGAUAAUCAGGAAGCCACGACACCCUGUAGUCUUCUUUUUAUUUUUAAUAAGUAUUUAUUUCAUCUGAUAUGCUAAAUUAUAUUACGAAGGCUGUAAAGAGAAACGCAAUCAAGUGGUUUUCUUUUAAGGAAUUGCUUCAUUUUUCCUUUAAAGAUUUUCUACAUUUUUGUAAUUGUUAUUUUUACUUUAACUUCGAAACGGAUGUAAACUGUAUUUUUAUCGACUUUUUUCUCUCUGAGGAUUGUAGAUACAAAUUAAUUUCUAACAUGUACUAAAUUUCAGAUUUCUUUUUUGGAACUGAGGUAUUUAAUUGAAAUUUAUCAUUGAAUCAGUUGCGUUAUAUGAAGGCGGUCCGCGAUCGUUGAAUCUCAAACGUGCGAUUUGCGACCGUAAUCGCCCGGUUGUACCAAUCUGUAGUUUCGCCGCAAUACAAAACAAUAAACUCUAAUAAUUAUCACAUAUUUCGUUCGAAACACGCGACAAAACCGUAUUCGUUUUUGUUUAUUUUUCUCAAUAUUCAUGGAGUUAUCGAUUUAUAUAGCAAUAUUUUUGAUGUUCAAUUUGUAUCGUGAAAACCUGAAUGUUAUUGUGUAUUUUCGAUUUUCUAUUUUCUGAGGUUUCAUCCCUACGUCAUCAACUAAAACUUUGAAGCAUUUAUGCACACUUAAUUCGAUGUAGCUAUUCAUGUAGUUUUAGAAAUUCGAAUUGAAACCAACAUGGUAUCAUAGGAGAUAACUAAAUUUGUCUGUAGAGAAAUCCUGUAAAAUAAAGUCUGUUGUCAACGUGUUCUAACAUAAUUUGAAUGUGCAUCUACCAAUAAAAAUUAAGAAACAGGCAAA